CAGUCUGAUUCUGACUUUUUAUCUUGAAUCUUCACCGGCUUCAUUCAUUCAGUGAGAAAAAAUGUGUCGCAAGUGGUGUCUUCGAUGGAUAAUUAUUCUUAUAGCCAUAAGAAUAAUCAACAGUCAAUUGUUAAAAGGGGUAGAGUUGAAAUGUGAUGAAGAGAACCAAUAUGUAACUGACGAUGAUAGCAAGGAUUCUGAAUACGGUUCCACCGGGGAAUUCUGCACAAUAACAGGAUUACACAGGUUUCCCCAAUUCACUCACUUCUUCAGACGAAACGUUUCUCUCGUUAAGGUCACCGGUGAAAGAUUUAUCUUUGACGAAACUGCGUUGUUCAGCAUGAAGCAAGUGACUUCUGUGAAAUUUUACGAUUGUUAUUUCGAAAAGCUUCCAAUCACAUAUCCCUUUUACCGCCAAUUCCCAAACUUAGUAAACCUAGACCUUUCCAAUACUGGAAUCCGAUUGCUGGACCCAAUCAUAUACAGGCAAAGAUUGGUAUGGGAAUUAUCAAAGCUUAACCUAAGCAAGAAUAGAAUUACGUACAUUAAUCAACACUCUUUAAUAUUCGCCCGGAAUGCACAAGAAAUUGAUUUAAGCAACAAUUUAAUUUCCGAAAUAACUGACGACGGUUUGCAGCGAUUCCCGUAUUUAUCUACAAUAAACCUCGCAGGAAACCUACUCACUGAAAUAGAAGGAAAUUUGUUUGAUAGUGCUAGUAAACUUGAAAAUGUGAAUCUCCGCGGAAAUUUGAUUCGUUAUAUUUCCCCGUAUGCGUUUUAUCACUUAAAAUAUUUGACUAAUGUAGAUUUGUCAAGUAACCUGCUGUCCACAUUGGGUUCUAAUAUCUUUCGAGGUUGCCUCAACAUUCACUCCCUUUUCUUGUCGAACAAUUUUCUCAAGGAAUUGGAUCUAGUUGUAAGCGGUAAUUUGACAACCUUAUAUGUUGCAAGCAACCUGCUUAGUUCAAUCCAUGUGAAGUGCUUGAAUGGAAACGACGCUCGGGAGAGUACUACAUCCUGCCAAGCAAUGGAACACCUCGGUUUGUCAUACAAUAGCCUAACCAGUUUGGCAAACGUGUCCAAACUUAUUAAUUUAAAGGAAUUGAUGUUGUCAUAUAACAGUCUCGGGACAGUGAGGACAUCUGAUUUUACUCAGCUAAAAAACUUGGAAAAACUGAAUCUCAGACAUACAAAUCUAAAACGCAUAACUUACAAAACAUUUUCACAGCAAAGAAAACUCAAAUUUCUGGACAUUUCAGAAAAUGGUUUGGGUCACUUGAACCUGGAAAUGUUUAUGGCAUACAUGCAUGACAAUCUUGAGGAAUUUUAUGCAAGUGGAAAUAACUUGACAGAAAUAUCAGGACGCUAUCGGUUCAACGCUUUUUCAUCUCUCCGCAAGUUGGGUUUGGGUCGAAAUCUCUUCAACUGUUCCUAUUUACUGCAAAUUAUGACUCCUCCGAAUUUAAGUUCUGACGUGGUUCUUCAGGUGGAUGCAGAUGAGUUCAUGAGUGGCGUGGAACACAGAAGCGGUAUUGAAUGCAGCGAAAAUGGUACCACUUUUGUAUGGAAGAAAUAAACUUCAGAUCAGUUUCUGAAAGUAAUCAUUAAUAUUGUUUCUACUCUCUUUAAAUUGUAACUGUACAAAAAUGCUAAAUAAAAUUACCUUUGACAAAAUCUACUGUAAAAAAAUAAAAUGAAGAAUAAAUUUGAGAAUGUUUUCAAGAAA